AUGGGAGACAACUUGAUGGACUUGCCUCCUGGUUUCAGGUUCCAUCCAACUGAUGAAGAGAUCAUAACUCACUACCUACGAAAGAAGGUCGUGAACAAAACCUUCAGCUCUAUAGCCAUAGGGGAAGCAGAUUUGAACAGAUGUGAACCGUGGAAUCUUCCAAGUAAAUUUCCCUUGAAAUAUUCACCCUUGUAUCAUUCAUCUUUUGCGCUCUUCCUUUCCAAUUGUUUUCCUUGAUCUCAUUCUUGUCGCUGCAUAAUUUCCAGGCAAGGCGAAGAUGGGGGAGAAGGAGUGGUAUUUCUUCUGCAAAAGGGACAAGAAGUACCCAACUGGAACGAGGACGAAUAGGGCCACGGAAUCUGGAUAUUGGAAGGCCACUGGAAAAGACAAGGAGAUAUUUUACAGGGGAAAGUCUUCUCUCGUCGGAAUGAAGAAAACCCUUGUGUUCUACCUUGGAAGAGCUCCCAAAGGACAGAAAACCAACUGGGUGAUGCAUGAAUACAGGCUUGAAGGAAAAUUCUCAGGCUACGACCCUCCAGGAACUUCCAACGUACUUUCCCCCUUCCUCUUCAAAUGAUUCCUUAUUUCCACUCCUUCGCAACCGCAUGAAUAAUUCUCAACCUUUUGUGAUCGCAGGAUGAAUGGGUUAUCUGUAGAGUGUUUCACAAGAGCACAGGUCCAAAGACGAGACCUUCACCUGAGCUUGAAAGAACCGAUUCCUUUGGAGCGUUGCUCUCGUCUGCAGAUGAUCGCUUCACCUACAACGGCGAUGGCAUGGCUGUCAAAGCAUCCUCCACCGCCAUGUUAAAUCCUUCCUAUCUGGCCUCCACCAUGCCCAUGGAGUAUCCUCGAGAUCCACAGAGAUCCUUCUUUACCAACAAUAAUGGUGAACUCUGCUCCGGCUUCCCAUCCCAAGAGGCCAUUCUCUACCCUCAAGGAGCCGUCGGCCUUCCUGGCCAGCUAUCCCCCUCGUCGGCCAACGCCGGCUACAUGCACCAGGACAGGAAUCUCGGCUUUCCUUCUCAAACGACAGCAACUGCAUUCAGGAGUCACACCAAGGUGGAACAAUACUCUAAUCCCUCUUUCGUAAGCGUUUCACAAGACACGGGGCUGAGCACUGAUAUGAACACCGAGAUAUCGUCGGUCAUCUCUACGCGUGAUGUUGGCGUCUCUCGGUCAUAUAACGAUCCAGAUUAUCCCUCCUCUUCGGCCACUCCGGCGGACGAUUACAUCAGCUUCUGGGAGUACUAA